GAGUCGUCAAAAAAAAAAACAAGACAUACAGUGAGAAAAUUAGAGUGAAAGAGAAAAGUUUACAUGGCAACUCAAUCUAAUGGAAACUUAACUUCUUCCUCAAUUAAACUUCCAGAAAUUAAGUUCACUAAACUCUUCAUUAAUGGAGAUUUUGUUGACGCUAUCUCAGGAAAAACGUUUGAGACGAUAGAUCCAAGAAAUGGAGAAGUGGUGGCAAAUGUGGCUGAAGGAGACAAGGAAGACAUUCAUUUAGCUGUCAAGGCUGCUCGUCAAGCAUUUGACCAUGGCCCAUGGCCUCGAAUGUCAGGACAUGCAAGAGGAAGGUUGAUGAUGAAAUUUGCGGACUUGGUGGAGGCAAACACAGAAGAAUUGGCAGCAUUGGAUGCACUAGACGCAGGGAAACUAUAUAGCAUGGGAAAAAUCAUAGAUAUUCCUGGUGGUGCAAGUAACUUAAGGUAUUAUGCAGGAGCAGCAGAUAAAAUUCAUGGAGAGACGUUGAAGAUGUCACGUGAGAUGCAAGGGUACACCUUACGUGAGCCAGUAGGGGUGGUAGGCCACAUCAUACCAUGGAAUUUUCCGACCGCGAUGUUUUUCAUGAAGGUGGCUCCUUCCUUAGCUGCUGGUUGUACUAUGGUGGUUAAACCUGCUGAGCAAACACCUCUCUCUGCUUUGUUCUAUGCUCACCUCUCUAAGUUGGCUGGCAUUCCUGAUGGAGUGAUUAAUGUGGUCACUGGAUUCGGACCGACUGCUGGUGCUGCUGUAGCAUCUCAUAUGGACAUUGACAAAGUUAGUUUUACUGGGUCUACUGAAGUAGGAAGACUAGUAAUGCAAGCAGCAGCAACAAGCAACUUAAAGCAAGUUUCCCUUGAACUAGGAGGAAAAUCUCCUGUCAUGAUUUUCGACGAUGCUGAUGUUGAUGUUGCAGCUGAUCUCGCUCUCCGUGGCAUUCUCUAUAACAAGGCAAAGAUAUGCGUUGCUGGAUCUCGAGUUUUCGUUCAAGAAGGGAUUCAUGAUGCAGUUGUUCAAAAGUUGGCAGAGAAAGCUAAGAAUUGGAUUGUUGGAGACCCCUUUGAUCCUAAUGUUCAUCAAGGACCCCAGGUUGAUAAGAAGCAAUUUGAGAAGAUACUUUCUUACAUUGAGCAUGGCAAGCGAGAAGGAGCUAACUUGUUAUGUGGUGGUAAAAGACAUGGAGACAAGGGAUACUUCAUUCAACCAACAAUAUUUACAGAUGUUCAGGACAAUAUGAUCAUAGCCAGGGAGGAAAUAUUUGGGCCAGUUAUGUCAUUGAUGAAAUUCAAGACUAUUGAGGAGGCGAUAGAGCGAGCGAAUGGCACAAAAUAUGGGCUAGCAGCAGGAAUAGUGACCAAAAACUUGGACAUUGCAAAUACAGUGUCAAGAUCAAUAAGAGCUGGUGUUAUUUGGAUCAAUUGUUAUUUUGCAUUUGACAUUGAUUGUCCAUAUGGUGGUUACAAAUCGAGUGGAUUUGGCAGAGACUUAGGAAUGGAUGCUUUGUACAAGUAUACAAAUGUUAAGUCUGUUGUAACCCCUAUUUAUAAUUCUCCUUGGCUAUAAAUAAUUAUGGCCAUCUUUCUUAUACAACGGGGGAAUAAAUUAAGGAAAAUAUACAUGCAUGUUAGUUUUGUAAUAAUCUUUGGGUUAGGAAUGAUUAUUGUAGUCCCCUGAAAAAAAAAAGAGUGAUAUAGCUUUAUACUCGACUUGUGUAAGCUCACUUCUUGAGACACAUCAUACAUAUAUAUGAAAAUUAUGAAUGAAAAUGGUGAAUAAUUUUUCAUGUACUUAA